AUGGGGUGGUGGCGUCCCACGGAAGCGGAAAGGUGGUUCUUGACCCGGGAGUUGUACGACUCCUUGUUCUUGACCUGCCCGUAUACAUGUACAAACAAACAAACAAACAAAUCUCUAGACGAAUCCCUAGACGAAUCGCUAGACGAAUCCCUAGACGGAUCCCUAGACGAAUCCCUAGACGAAUCCCUAGACGAAUCCCUAGACGAAUCGCUAGACGAAUCGCUACACGAAUCCCUAGACGAAUUCCUAGACGAAUCGCUAGACGAAUCGCUAGACGAAUCCCUAGAUGAAUCCCUAGAUGAAUCCCUUGACGAAUCGCUAGACGAAUCCCUAGACGAAUCCCUAGACGAAUCUCUAGACGAGUCCCUAGACGAAUCCCUAGACAAAUCCCUAGACGAAUCCCUAGACGAAUCGCUAGACGAAUCCCUAGACGAAUCGCUAGACGAAUCCCUAGACGAAUCCCUAGAUGAAUCCCUUGACGAAUCGCUAGACGAAUCCCUAGACGAAUCCCUAGACGAAUCUCUAGACGAGUCCCUAGACGAAUCCCUAGACAAAUCCCGAGACGAAUCCCUAGACGAAUCGCUAGACGAAUCCCUAGACGAAUCCGUAGACGAAUCGCUAGACGAAUCCCUAGACGAAUCCCUAGACGAAUCCCUAGACGAAUCGCUAGACGAAUCCCUAGACGAAGCACUAGACGAAUCCCUAGACGAAUCCCAAGACGAAUCCCUAGACGAAUCCCUAGACGAAUCGCUAGACGAAUCGUUAGACGAAUCCCUAGACGAAUCCCUAGACGAAUGCCUAGACGAAUCCCUCGACGAAUGCCUAGACGAAUUCCUAGACGAAUCCCUAGACGAAUCCCUAGACGAAUCCCUAGACGAAUCCCUAGACGAAUCCCUAGACGAAUCCCUAGACGAAUCCCUAGACGAAUACCUAGACGAAUCGUUAGACGAAUUCCUAGACGAAUCCCUAGACGAAUCCCUAGACGAAUUCUUAGACGAAUCCCUAGACGAAUCCCUAGACGAAUCCCUAGACGAAUCGCUAGACGAAUGCUUUGAAAAGAUGUGUGAAGCACUGGAUGAUGUGCAGCUCAUCAUGAUCAAUGACUGA